ACACACAUUUGUGCAAACCUCGCAUUUGCAUGUCGAGAAAGCACUUCCAGGACAAGCCACAAAUUUAAAAACCACAUCCUGAUUCCUCGACAUCAUUUCUCAUCUUCUUGCGAUUGGCCGCCGGCACCUGUCAACGGUGCGGCCGAGAGGGGCGUGGCUUCGAGAUGGAGAGGUUGACGCCGAGGCUCGGCGUUCGGUUUUGGGGUUUACUCGGUCGCGGGCGUCUCCGACCACCGACGACACGCGAGGCUGGCAUGGCUUCAAACAGUCUCUUUAGUGCCACUGGCCCCACACUGCAAAUGCAAACAGCAGACGUCGCGACGAAGUGUCGACCUGCUCCGCCGCCAUCCCACCUCCACCUGGACGAAGUGGAGGCGUGCUACCGCCUGGAGCGCGCCGCAGCGCCCCCCAGAGGCCUGGUGCCCACGGACAGCCCCAACUUCCUGUGCAGCAGUCUGCCGCAUCACUGGAGGAGCAACAAGACCUUGCCGCGACCUUUCACUGUCGUUUCCCUGGGCGACGACGUCCCGGACGGCGCGGUGGUGACGCUGAUGGCGGGAAACGACGACAACAGUAGCGCCGAGCUACGCAACGCCACGGCAACCAUGACGCGGGGUCACGCGCACUUCAACGACCUCCGCUUCGUAGGCCGCAGCGGCAGAGGAAAGAGCUUCACCCUGUCCAUCAAUGUGCUGACCACGCCCCCGCAGGUGGCCACGCUGCACAGGGCCAUCAAGGUGACGGUGGACGGCCCUCGGAUGCCCAGACGACAGCGUCAGAAAGAAGUGGAGUCAGCGCUUUUCAGGUCCUUCGGCUGCCGUGUGGGAUCUUCAGACUGCAGGUGGUCGUCGUUGUCGUCGUCGUUGUGGCCCGGCGAGCCGUCGCCGUCGGGUCAGAUGGUCGCCCGGACGUCGCCCUUCCCCGCGCCUCCCAGAAUGCACCGCCGCCUUCCCGCCACCCUCCUCGGCCCCGCGGCGACCCCUUCGCUCAGCCACGCCGGUCCCUUCUACUACGGGCCCAACCGAGCCGACGGCGGCGCGGCGGCGGCGGGGUCGGGCGCUUACAUCGAAGGGGCGUGUUUCACCCUGAGAGGGGAGGAGCCCGUGUGGAGGCCUUAUUGACACAUGUGUGACAAAUGGGCCAAUCGCAAACGUUCUUCCUGGGCCUCUCACUAAGCCUUUAUUUUACGAUAUAUAAAAAAUACAUAGAAAUUGUAUGAACUUUCUUUUACACAAUAUAUUAAAAAAUACAUACAAAUUGUACUAACUUUCUUUUCCUAUAUAACAUUUUCAACAAUUUUAUCAUACUUACUUUAUACAAUAUUAAAAUGAGUUCAUUAUUUUAAAAUUCUUGAAAUAGUGAAGAAUAUAUAGAUCAAUUAUAUACAGUAUACACGCACACACAUACUACAGUAUGCUGACAGUGCACUUUAGAGGAUGACUUGAGGACAGUCGGACAUUUUGAACUGGUGUAGUUCGGGUAUGGAAGAC